AUGGAUCCGAGGGUAGCUUGGAUUCAGCCCGAACAGAAAGGACCGGCGAACGCCUUAUGGAUGCACGUCUGGGAAACCUCUCAGGGAGUACGGACGCUCGCCGCCCAGCAUGUCCACAACCAGUGCGUCAAUUACGCCGCGCUGGACGUGUUGAAAAAUGCCGUGGUGUCGAGCAAGAGCCUGGGCAGCAGCGGCGGCGGAGGCGGCGGCCAUCACAGCAUCACGAACAGCGGUGGCGGCGGCGGCUCGGCUUGUGUGAACGACGCCGCGAUAUCAUCCCUCGGCAUGGCGCUGUCCAACUUUUUUACCCCGGCCUCAUCCGAUGCUGGUGAAGGGAAGGCAGUUCCCACCAAGCCUGGCCCUGUCGCUUCCUCGCUUGAAUCCCGGGCGGCGGACAGUCCCCCCUCCACGGCAGGGAAUAAAAACGUCGGGCCGCUAUUUGCUCUGGGUGACAACACUGACAACAACCGGUACCACCAACAUCUCCUGCAUCACAGCAGUCACAUUUUAAAUUUGCAGCAGCUGUGCGCUAAAAAUCACCAGGUGGCCCCUUCUAUACCUGUGAACCCCCCUCACCACCACCACCCCGGCCGGAGGAAAAGUGACAAUAAGGCCAGCACUUACGGGGUCAAUUACUUGCUUUCAAAUUGCACUAACGGCAACGACGCGAGCACUUGGACGCCCUGGAAGACGCGAAACUACACCCCGGGGGUCCUCGGACUCCAUGAAGAGUUGAUGGACUUCUACAACUUCAUGUCUCCGCGGCCAGAGGAGGCCGCUAUGAGAAAAGAGGUGGUCAGCCGGAUAUUGAGAAUUAUCAAGGAGCUGUGGCCCACCGCAGAUGUCCAAAUAUUUGGCAGCUUCAGUACAGGACUCUACCUUCCAACAAGCGACAUUGACCUGGUGGUAUUUGGAAAGUGGGAGCGCCCUCCGCUACAAGAGUUGGAGCUGGCUCUUCGCAAGCACAACGUUGCUGAGCCGUUCUCCAUCAAAGUGCUGGAUAAAGCUACUGUGCCAAUCAUCAAGCUUACAGACCAGGAGACUGAGGUGAAAGUGGACAUCAGCUUCAAUGUGGAGACUGGCGUCAAGGCGGCAAGUUUCAUUAAAGAUUAUGUUCAGAAGUAUCCGGUGCUGCCUUACCUGAUCUUUGUACUGAAGCAGUUCCUGCUACAAAGAGAUCUGAAUGAAGUCUUCACAGGCGGAAUAAGCUCCUACUGCCUCAUCCUCAUGGUCAUCAGCUUCUUGCAGCUUCACCCUCGCAUCGACGCCCGGAACCCCAGUGAGAAUUUGGGAGUUCUGCUGAUCGAGUUUUUUGAGUUGUACGGUCGCCAUUUUAACUACUUGAAAACAGGGAUUCGCAUCAAAAACGGAGGUGCAUACAUUGCCAAAGACGACAUGGCCAUGACCAACGGUUACAGGCCGUCCAUGCUCUGCAUCGAAGACCCGCUACUUCCAGGGAAUGACGUGGGCAGGGGCUCGUACGGCGCCAUGCACGUCAAACAGGUCUUUGACUACGCCUAUACUGUCCUCAGCCAUGCGGUGUCGCCGCUCGCCCGGUCGUAUCCCAACAAAGACUGCGAAAGCACCUUGGGAAGAAUAAUCAGGUUGACGCAGGAAGUGAUCGACUACAGAGAGUGGAUCAUCAAAAAGUGGGGUGGCAGAGAUCUGGCUCGAACUGAUAACAGAGUGCCAACUCCCAAGGAGCCAGUAUCUGAUCAGGACCCUAGCUGUUUUCUUGAUGGUGGCGUCGGGUCGGAGGAGCAGCAGAGGGACUCCGCGUCCCCCCAGAGCGCAGACUCGCCAAUGUCCAUCUCCAGUCCACAGCAGCACUCGUCAGCCUCGUCUGUCUCCUCCCUCUCUGGAUCAGACAAUGACUCAGAUUCAGCGGCUCCCUGUCCUGUGCCUCCGCCCCCUUUGCCACCUUACCCGUCAUUCCCACCUCUGGGCCUCGCAUUUCCCCCGGGAUUUAGUAUUAGCACCGCCAAACCAGGAAUGACAGGCCACCAUCUGCUCUUGCCUCCUGGCUCACAGGCUCGCGCCUCGCUCCCCGGGGGUCUCACAAUGCACUCUAUACCUGGCAGACAGGUGUGUAUCGACACCGGUCUCUCUGCCUUCUUCCACAUGCACCACCCAGCCCAUGCCCCUGCCCCCUCCAGUUCCCAGCCUCCGCCCAGCCCCCACUCUAGCCAUACACAUAAGAACACCGUCAAGUUCAACAUGAAGGGCUUGCACAACCCGCCGCUCAUCGCCAACCCUGUCAUGGCGACCCGCGGACACGCUCACACGCACGCACAGUACCACCGGAACACUUGGCGGCGCCGAAAGCGGGACAGCCUACCGGUCAGCCCCAGCAGAUAG